AUGUUUUUUGUCAGUUUUAUAUCAAUUGCAAUAUAUCUGACGCAUGUCGCGGGAAAAAGUUUAAAUCCUUUGAAUGAAUCUCGCAAGGGAGUAAUCAACUCUCGCGAUAUCAACACAGGUGUCACUUUACCAUUAAAAGCCACGUUCACACCAGGAGGCACCAUACUUGAUGUGGACGUCACAGUCGGGGGCCAGAACUUCUCCAUGUAUUUGGACACCGGGAGUAGCGACUUUUAUCUCCCCAGAACAAACUUCCAAUGUCUGAACGGCACCGACAACUCCAUACUCCCACAAGAAAGUUGCUUAUUCAACAAAGCGUACACGAUAUCCCCCACGUUUCAGCAAAUCAACAAUCAGUCAUUUGGCGUCAAAUAUGGUUCCGGCAUCGCAACUGGUAUCCUUGGAUAUGAGACUGUUACCAUCGGAGGGCUGACAGUCGAAAGACAACAAAUUGGAGUCGCCGACAGAAUCACGGACGUGGGCGAUGGAAAUGACAGUGGAGUUUUAGGACUUGCGUAUCCUUAUCUUACUUCCGCUCAUCCAGGAACCGACUAUCCUAACGAUACCCUCUCCUUAUGGUCAAAUCGUAUUCCCUACGACCCCCUCUUCACAAGUCUCCACAAGCAAGGGUCCGUCAAACCAUUCUUCAGCCUGGCGAUCAAUCGAACACCUGUCAACGUUUCGAACGGUGACGGCGGUCUCCUCGGCCUCGGUACCGUUGUUGAAGUUCCGCAUAAACCUACAUUCGCCAUUGCUCCCGUUCAAAUCAUCGGAGUAAUACCACCGUUUUUCACCGAUAAUGUCACAGCCAAAACGUACUGGGCACUUAGCGUCAAAAGCACUGAUAUCAACCAUUUAGUCUCCACCAACAAUUCGUUCCAAGCUCUUGUAGACUGUGGUAACUUCUUCAACUUGGUUCCCAAAGAUGUUGCACUCUCCAUCAACAAUGCUUUUCAGCCUCCAGCCACCCCAAAUAUCGAUUUUCUCGAAACGGGGUCCUCAACCGUUUCUUGCAAUGCAACUGCUCCGUCAUUCGGGAUGAGUUUCAGCAAUAACGUCACUAUUUACAUAGAUCCGAGAGAUAUGCUCGUCGAAAACGCCGAUGGGACUUGCACUUCUGCUUUUGUAGAUGCGGAUGUGUUGGGCGAGUCGACAGGUAUUGUGCUCCACAUAUUGGGUACUCCGUUUUUGAGAAGUGUGGUUUCGAUUUGGGAUUUUGGAAAGGACGAAAUGAGGUUUGCAGAGAGGAUAGAGACCAGUGGAGGCGCAGAUCCUCCACCCAACUCGUCGGUGCCUGUUGUGCCAUCCUCGAAUGGCGCAAAUCAAGGGUCGGAGAUAUAUGUAACAUGUCUGCUUUUUACUGUUUUGACCUUAGUUCUUGUACUUUAG